UUGAAUACAAAUGCACAAUAGAGAAAGUCAUAAUACAAUUUCUUCAUUUGCAAGAAUGCCUAACUCUUGUGAUUGGCUGCACGCUCCCGACUUGUUAAUGGGCGGGGUAGGGGUCUGUGAUGUACUAAAGGCCCACGAGGGAUUCAGUGGUGACAUGAGACUUCUGGGAGUUGGUGCUGUGCAGAUCCUGAAAACUGAAGGAACACUUUAGACCUCUGGACUAACUACAUAUUUUUUGUAUUUUGUUUUUACUGCACUAGUAACUAUGACAGCAACUAAAUCCGAACUUUCCAACUGGUCAGACUAUUCCACGGAUGAUUACUCAUUGUCAGAAGAGUCAAAUAUUGUGCAGAUCAACUCCAGGACUUGGAUAAAUUCACCUGUUCAGUCUCCAAGUUCCAAUCCUGCGUUUUCUUCCAGUGGAGUUUCUGGCCGAUACUCACACGGAUCCAUGGAAAUGACGCUUGACAAAUUAAUUUCUGUGGGUACAUUUUCAGACAGUUCUACCAAUGAGAUGGAUGUUGAUGAAAUGCCAGAAGAGGCAAGCAGGCUCGGCAACCCAGGCCCGCAGAAACAUCGGCGCGUGGCUGCAAACGCGAGGGAGCGAAGAAGGAUGCACGGGCUUAACAGAGCAUUUGACAAAUUAAGGAGUGUAAUCCCUUCAUUGGAGAACGAGAAAAAACUUUCUAAAUACGACACUCUCCAAAUGGCACAGAUUUACAUCACUGAACUAUCCGAGAUUCUGGGUGGAGUUGUGCAGCCGGAGAAGAGUUCACGUACAGGAUGCGGCUCUCCUGAUAACCCCACCAAAAGAAAUUCAAUGCAAACCUUCUCGCCAGAAACCACCUUCAACAGCGAUAUCACCUACACGAUGGACUCCCAUCCAGCGCAGAAGAGGCUAAAUGGAGAGCAGGGUAACACUUCUACCAAAGUGGGUCACCUCAUCAUCCUGACGACCCCUAAAUCAGACCUGUCUAUUGUAAAUAAAAGGGCCUCCGCUUCUAACGGAAGUGAUGGCGAGUCCUCACACUACAGUGAUCCCGAGGACGGCCAGAGCAGCAGACAGUGACU